AUGCAAAGAAAAAAGAAGUUUCAUGUCACGGGUGCUUUCUUUACAUUUCCGGCAGAGUUCAUAUACAAUAUUGAAAUACAAGAUUAUGUUGAUGCCUUCCUGGUGGUAUACGCCGUCGACGAUGGAUCGACCUACGAAUUUGCCCGGCGUGUUCUGUUGGAACUGUGCAAAUCUAUGGCCAACAACUCGAUCCCACCCGCAGGAUUCAUUUUAGCUGCAAACAAGUUCGAUCUCGUACGAAGACGCGAGGUGAACUCCGAGGAUGCCCGGCAAUUCGCAACCGCUCAUAACGCAAAAUUCCUCGAGAUCUCCGCAGCUCUGGGUCACAUGAUCCCAGAACUCCUGCUCACUGUCAUAACCCACCUUUGUGAACUGGAUGAAAGCAAGGCAGGGGCCCGGGGAGCUGAAAACCAUUCUCAACACCAUAAUACGUCCACAUCUUCCCCCUCUUCACCCCAUAAAGCCGUUGCUGCCAGACGCGAUCUGGCUAGUUCAACGAACGUCUCAUCAAAAUCAACGACAAGCGCUGCUACCGGCGCUAACAGUUGCAGUCCUGGAGUAGUCUAUGUUUCCAAAACGGCCAGCAAUAAGGGGAGUCUGGCAAAGUUUUUCAAGAGACAUUUUACAAGAUCAAGCACUGGCUUCGAUGGUAUAGAGUAA